AUGUCUAAUUCAUUUUGGAAAUUUAAUCAGGAUUAUUCAAUCGAUUCUAAUAUUAAUAACUUAUUAAAUCAUGCAUUUAUAAAAAAAGUGGACAAUAACAACAACAACAACAAUAUAAGUAAUCCAACUGAUACAAAUAAUAGUAAAAAUAAUGUAAAUAUUAGUCAACUCGAUGAUCCAAAUCCAAAUCCCAAUCAAGAUUUAAUAAAUGAAGAAAAUCUAAAUAACUAUGACCCAAAUCUAAAUAUUCUAAAUGACCUAAUAGACGAUGAGGAGUUGUAUACGGAAUUAAUGUGUUCAAAUUCCAAAUUGCUGAUGUAUUUGAAAUAUCCAUCAGUCUUGGAUAAACUGAUUGAUUUUAUAAUCAAUGAAAAAUUCUUGUAUGAUUCAUAUCAAAAUGAAAUAAAUCAAAUGAACCAAAAUGAUAAUACUGAGACUGACCAGAAAGAUGAUUUAAACCAAGAAGUAAUCUUAUUAUCAAAGGAGGAACAGUUAAAUAGAGUAAAUAAACUAGAACAUCUACAAAAGAUAAAUAAUAAAUCAGAUUCAAAAUUAAAUUCAAACUCCAACCUCAAUUCUAACUCCGACUCUAAUUCAGAUUUCGAUUCUGACUUUGAUUCUAAUUCUAUUGUUUCCCAAGAGACAAGUGUCACAUUACCACCUGAGACUGAAGAACAAAUUGAAUUCCGUAGAGCCAAAAUGGCUUCAGAAGUUCUGUCCGCUGAUAUAUGGCAAAUAUCUACCACAAUCAUCGAAAACAAAUCUUUGUUGAAUAAAAUUUGGUCAAUUUUAGACGAUUUACAAAAUAGUUAUCCACUCUCCGUUACCGUCUCCACAUAUUUCAUGAAAAUCAACGAAAGAUUAUUAGAUAUCAACAUGUCUAAAAUGAUUGAAUAUCUCCUAACCAAGGAUAAUUUGGUCGAUAAAUUUUUGAAAAAUAUAAAUAAUCCGUCAUUAAUGGAUUUUUUACUAAAAGUUAUUUCCACUGAUAAACCUGAUUCUCCAACCGGUAUAAUAGAUUUGUUAUAUAGACAAAACUUUAUCCCCAAACUUAUUGACCUUAUAGAUGCUUCGAACUCACCUAAAUCAAUAUCUUCUGCUUCAUCUGCUGCAGACUUCAUUAAGGCUUUUGUCACUUUAAGUGCCAAUUCAAAUAAUGAUAUUUCAAUUGGUAUUGGACCAAACGAACUGACAAGACAUUUGGUAUCUAGUGAAAUGGUCGAGAGAUUGAUUAAAAUCAUGCUAAAGGGCGGUGCUUCACUGAGCAAUGGUGUAGGAAUAAUUAUUGAAAUUAUAAGGAAAAAUAAUUCUGAUUAUGAUUUUAUUCAAGUCAUGUAUACAACAUUGGAGACACAUCCACCAAAUGAUAGAGAUUCCAUACAUUUGAUUCAUUUGAUUAAAUUGUGUGCCAAAAAUAUGCCAGAAUUUAUGAAGUUGUUGACUAAGAUUGAAACAAGACGUUUAUCGACCCCGUUUGGUUCCAUUGAACCCUUAGGUUUCGAGAGAUUUAAGAUUUGUGAAUUAAUCGCAGAAUUAUUACAUUGUUCAAAUAUGGUACUUUUGAAUGAACCUAAUGGUGAGAUGAUUACAAGGGAAAGGGAUUUAGUCAGAUUUCAAAAAUUGCAUGGAGAUUGUAUCUCGAAGGAAGAACUUAUACAAUUAAAUGAAGAUUUGAAAAUUUUACAAUUAGAGAAUAACUUAAAUAAUUCUGAUAAGGAAACUGCAGACAAAGAUAAUAAUGAUAAUGAUAAUGAUGAUGAAAUAAAACAUAAUGAGUAUGAAAAUUCACUAGAAAUAUAUCCAAAUGAUGAAAUCUCUAUUUCUUCUGAUACUGAAACCCAGAUACGCAAUAAACAUAUUCCAGGAGAUAAUUUGAAAAUAUCUUUGAAAGAUACAGGUAUCUUAGAUUAUAUUAUCGACAUGUUUUUCAAAUUUGAAUGGAACAAUUUCUUACAUAAUGUAGUAUUUGAUAUUAUUCAACAAGUGUUCAAUGGCCCAUUGAAAUGUGGUUAUAAUAAAUUCCUUAUUAAGGACCUUUUAAGUAAAACAUAUAUAACCGACAAAAUCAUUCAAGGAGAUACCAAAUGUACAGAAUACGAGCAAGAAAAAGGUAUCAGACUAGGUUACAUGGGCCACUUGAUUUUAAUUGCAGAAGAGAUGGCUAAAUUUGUAGAAUAUAUUGAUGAAAUGAAGAUUACAUUUGAUGAUGAUGGAAUAUCCAAUAUUUUAAAUAAUGAUGAUUGGAAAACAUUUAUGAACACCACAUUAGCAGAUACACGUGACAAAUACAACACUGUUCUUGGUGAUUUCAUCCUAGACGGAGAAGAAGUCGAUGAAAUUGAACAAGGACAACAUUUAUCCAAUGAGGAGUCAGGAUAUCUUGAUAAUGAACAUUAUUACACAGAAGAAGAGCUUGCUGAGAAUGAUGCUCAUUAUGAAAAAGAGGACUUAAUUGAAAAGGAAUAUGAAGCCGUAAAUCCAGAUGAAACGCAUUAUGAUUAUUAUGACGAAAACGUAGAUUAUCAUGAUGAAAAGGACGAUGAAGAAGAUGAAGAUAGGUAUCAUGACAUAGAUAGCUCUGAGGAAGAGACUGAACUUUAUGGUGUUAGUCUUAAGAGACAGCCAAACCAUGAUGUAUAUCAGGAUGAAGACGAAAGUUCUUAUGAGUAUGAAGAUACUUUUGGUAAUUCAGUAGUGAUCAAUUUGCACGAAGACGACAAUGAAAAUAAUGAUGCAAAUACAAGUAAAAAUUUAAGUGAUCAAGAACAAAUUAAAAAUAAAGAAAAUACAUAG